AUGUACAGCAUGAUGAUGGAGACCGACCUGCAUUCGCCUGGCGGCGCCCAGGCCCCCACGAACCUGUCGGGCCCAGCCGGGACGGGCGGCGGCGGGGGUGGCGGGGGCGGCGGCGGCGGCGGGGGCGGCGGCGCCAAGGCCAACCAGGACCGGGUCAAGCGGCCCAUGAACGCCUUCAUGGUGUGGUCCCGCGGGCAGCGGCGCAAGAUGGCCCAGGAGAACCCCAAGAUGCACAACUCCGAGAUCAGCAAGCGCCUGGGCGCCGAAUGGAAGGUCAUGUCCGAGGCCGAGAAGCGGCCGUUCAUCGACGAGGCCAAGCGGCUGCGCGCGCUGCACAUGAAGGAGCACCCGGAUUACAAGUACCGCCCGCGCCGCAAAACCAAGACGCUGCUCAAGAAGGACAAGUACUCGCUGGCUGGCGGGCUGCUGGCGGCCGGCGCGGGCGGCGGCGGCGCGGCCGUGGCCAUGGGCGUGGGUGUGGGCGUGGGCGCGGCGGCCGUGGGCCAGCGCCUGGAGAGCCCGAGCGGCGCGGCGGGCGGCGGCUACGCGCACGUCAACGGCUGGGCCAACGGCGCCUACCCCGGCUCGGUGGCGGCGGCGGCGGCGGCCGCGGCCAUGAUGCAGGAGGCGCAGCUGGCCUACGGGCAGCACCCGGGCGCUGGCGGCGCGCAUCCGCACGCGCACCCGGCGCACCCGCACCCGCACCACCCGCACGCGCACCCGCACAACCCGCAGCCCAUGCACCGCUACGACAUGGGCGCGCUGCAGUACAGCCCCAUCUCCAACUCGCAGGGCUACAUGAGCGCCUCGCCCUCGGGCUACGGCGGCCUCCCCGGCGGCGCCGGCGGCGCGCACGCCGCCGCCGCGGGCGGCGCGCACCAGAACUUGGCCGUGGCGGCGGCGGCGGCGGCGGCGGCCGCGUCGUCGGGCGCCCUGGGCGCGCUCGGCUCGCUCGUCAAGUCGGAGCCGAGCGGCAGCCCGCCGGCCCCCGCGCACUCGCGCGCGCCGUGCCCCGGGGACCUGCGCGAGAUGAUCAGCAUGUACUUGCCGGCCGGCGAGGGCGGCGACCCGGCGGCGGCGGCGGCGGCCGCGGCGCAGAGCCGGCUGCACUCGCUGCCGCAGCACUACCAGGGCGCGGGCGCGGGCGUGAACGGCACGGUGCCCCUGACGCACAUCUAG